AUAGUAAGAAUUCUUAUCUCAGCUUAACUUUUUGAGUUUUUAUCUGAAUUUUUUUAAAAAAUAUGAGCUUUACUCUGAAGCAAUCCGCUUUAACAGUCUCAAAUUCAGUUUUUGACAAAAGAUCAUCAAUAACGUGUAGAUCCUUAUUUUUACCAUGUUUGAACCUUCAGAACAAUCCAAAAAGAACCCUCCUUUCAUUGUCAAAGCCAUUGUAUAUCUCAUCCUUCCAAAGUUUUAAUGAAAAAUCAGUGAUCCUAUGUAAGGCCUACGAAGCUGACAAGUCGCCAUCACCGGCAGCAGCGGAAGCGAAAUCGGAAGCAGCAAAAAGUGUGAAAAUUGGGAUUUAUUUUGCAACAUGGUGGGCCUUGAAUGUGGUUUUCAAUAUAUAUAACAAGAAGGUUUUGAAUGCUUACCCUUACCCUUGGUUGACUUCAACUUUAUCCCUUGCCUGUGGUUCUUUGAUGAUGUUGGUUUCAUGGGCUACAAAGAUUGCUGAGCCCCCCAAAAUUAAUUUGGAGUUCUGGAAGGCUUUGUUUCCGGUUGCUGUGGCACAUACAAUUGGACAUGUAGCAGCCACUGUGAGUAUGUCCAAGGUUGCUGUUUCAUUCACCCACAUCAUUAAAAGUGGCGAACCUGCUUUCAGUGUCAUUGUUUCAAGGUUCUUGCUUGGAGAGAGAUUCCCUCCAGCAGUUUACCUCUCCCUUGUUCCCAUCAUUGGUGGUUGCGGUCUUGCAGCCUUAACCGAACUCAACUUCAAUAUGACCGGACUAGGAAAAGAUUAUUUUCUUUAUCUGUGCUUUAUGAGAUUAAUGUCGACCAUCAGUUUGAAACCGAGCACUCUCUUUUCAAGUUUUAUGGGAGCUAUGAUAUCAAACUUGGCGUUUGUCUUCCGUAACAUAUUCUCAAAGAAGGGCAUGAAGGGGAAAUCCGUUAGCGGGAUGAAUUACUAUGCAUGUCUAUCCAUGUUGUCUCUUCUAAUUCUCACACCUUUUGCAAUUGCUGUGGAAGGAGCGCAUAUGUGGGCAGCAGGAUGGAAAGAGGCCGUAUCUGAGAUUGGACCACAGUUCAUCUGGUGGGUGGCGGCGCAGAGUAUUUUCUAUCAUCUGUACAACCAGGUCUCAUACAUGUCCCUCGAUGAGAUCUCUCCCUUGACGUUUAGUGUUGGCAACACCAUGAAACGUAUAUCCGUUAUAGUCUCCUCCAUAAUCAUCUUCCGCACGCCUGUCCAGCCGAUCAAUGCUCUUGGAGCUGCCAUUGCUAUCCUCGGAACCUUCUUGUAUUCCCAGGCCAAAGCAUGAGAAAAGUGGGUGGGUUCAACAAUUUUGAUUCAUCGAAUAACAUAGACGGUGAAAGAGAUACUCUGAGAAGUCGAUAGUCUACCGUAUCGAAUCUGUGAUGGCUGGAUUUUGGUCGAAUAGACACCGGCAGACAGCUUGCGGAAAUGUAGAUAUUCAUAAUAAUGAUGAUCAUAAACAUUGUCGUGCAGUGGAUUAAGCAAGUUAUAUUUUUAAUUCAGACUUUUGAGAGCAACAUGUUUUUGAAUAAACAAGCAUCAAUGUUCCGAGCCUUGUCUAUGUCAGCAGACAUGAAUAAAUAGAGCCAAGACAAUAUCAUAUUUAAUUUAAGCUUAGUUGCCAUUAACGCCUUAGCUUAUGGUGAACAUUCAAUAUAUGUGGUCUCAUCUGAAUAAAGACAUUCAAAGUUAUAAAUAUGAAUCUCAUGUUGAUAAUUUAUUUAAA